AUGGCCACUACUUUGCGUCGCCGCAUCCCGCACGAGACCAAGGUCAUCGACGACGAUGGCGCCGAGCUGCGCGAGGACAGCCCGGCUGUCCAGCCGGCACCGCACGUACAUGUCGUCGAGCGGCCACCCAAGACCCGCAAGCGCCGCAACACCUUCAUCUUCUUGCUCGGCAGUCUCUUUGGCCUCGUGGCCGCCGGCUUCUUCGCCAAAUCAAACGACCUGAUCGACUUUCCCGAGUUCGGUGACCUGUCCAUGGACAGUCUGUUCGAUGUCCUCCCUGCGGGCUUGGUCCGGGACAUGCGCGACCUCGUCCAGGGCGAGCGCGAGGUCACCGACGCGUACGACUCCUUUUCCGUCGGGCUCAAGGCCCGCGCCGAAGGCUUGGACGCGCACCACCCAAUGAUCAUGGUCCCGGGAGUCAUCUCCACGGGCCUCGAGUCCUGGGGCACAGCCAACAUCUCGAGGCAAUACUUCCGGAAGCGUCUGUGGGGUAGCUGGACCAUGAUGAGGGCACUGGUGCUCGACAAGGAGGUGUGGAAGAAGCACAUCAUGCUCGACAAGCGCACAGGCCUCGACCCGCCCUUGGUCAAGCUGCGCGCCGCCCAGGGCUUCGAUGCGACCGACUUCUUCAUCACGGGCUACUGGAUCUGGAACAAGAUCUUCGAGAACUUGGCCACCAUAGGCUACGACCCCACAAACUCCUUCACUGCCGCCUACGACUGGCGCCUGUCUUACCCUAACCUCGAGGUCCGAGAUCAGUACUUUUCCCGCCUAAAGUCCUACAUUGAGACCGCCGUGGCCUUCGAAGGCCGCAAGGUCGUUCUUGCGUCGCAUAGCAUGGGCAGCCAGGUCAUCUUUUACUUCUUCAACUGGGUGCAGUCCGAGAAGGGCGGCCGCGGCGGCAACGACUGGGUCGAGCGCCACGUGGACUCGUGGAUCAACAUCAGCGGCUGCUUGCUGGGUGCCGUCAAGGGUUUGACGGCGGUCCUAUCCGGCGAGAUGCGGGAUACGGCGCAGCUAAACGCCUUUGCUAUCUACGGGCUGGAGAAGUUCCUGAGCAAGGAGGAGCGAGCCGAGAUCUUCCGAGCAAUGCCCGGCAUCUCGUCGAUGCUGCCCAUCGGUGGAAACGCCGUCUGGGGAGACAAGAGCCGGGCUCCGGACGACCAAGAAGGGCAGUCCUUCUCGUACGGCUCCCUGCUUAACUUCAAGGUCGCCGCCAACUGGACGACGCCAGAGAGGAACUUGACCGUCGACGACUCCUUGGCUUACCUCUUCAAUACGACAGAAGAUUGGUACCAGGACCAUGUCAAGGGGAGCUACUCGCACGGCGUAGCGCAUACGGCUGCUGAGGUCAAGGCAAACCGAAACGACCCGCGCAAGUGGAUCAACCCUUUGGAGACCAGCCUCCCCAACGCGCCCAGCCUCAAGAUAUACUGCUUCUACGGCGUCGGGAAACCGACGGAGCGGGCGUAUUACUAUCGCGCGCCUGACCAACCGCUCGCGACAAACCUGAACAUUACUAUUGAUACGGGGCUCAUUGAGGGCGAAGUCGACCACGGUGUUGUGAUGGGCGAGGGGGACGGCACAGUGAACCUCUUGAGCACCGGGUACAUGUGCAAUCGAGGCUGGCAGAUGAAGCGGUACAACCCUGGCAAGUCCCGAAUCACGGUCGUGGAGAUGCCUCACGAACCGGAGCGCUUCAACCCAAGAGGAGGGCCCAACACGGCCGACCACGUCGACAUUCUCGGGAGACAGAAUCUCAACGAGCUCGUUCUGAGGGUAGCUGCGGGCAAGGGCGACACGAUUACGGACUACGUGGUGAGCAACAUUCGCGAAUACGCCGACAAGGUGGAUAUCUAUGAAGAGGGGGAAAGGCCGUGA